AUGGCGGCAGUGGAACCGUCGAAGUAUCGUGGCUUUGAUGCCACACCCCCCGCUCAGGGGUUGUACGAUCCCCGCAAUGAGAAGGACAGCUGUGGAGUCGGAAUGGUAGCAGACAUCACAGGCGCGCCGUCUCGGACAAUUGUCGACGGAGCUCUGCAGGUGCUGGAGAAUUUGGAUCACAGAGGUGCUCGUGGCUGUGAGAAGGACACUGGCGACGGUGCUGGCAUUUUGUGUGGCAUUCCCGAUCGAUUUAUGCGGCGUGUUGCGGCGGAAUUGUCAGUGGAGCUGCCGCCUCCUCGUGAGUAUGCGGUCGGCAACGUCUUUCUUGACCGUUGCGAAGAUGGAACUACGGAAGGCAAAAGGAUCUUCGAGCAGGUAUUGGCUUCCAUUGAUGGUCUCCGCAUGAUCACUUGGCGCCGCGUGCCGGUUGAAUCGGAGUGCCUGGGCAAGACUGCCAGGGAUCACGAGCCGACCAUCGAACAAGCGUUCAUUGCUGCCGAAGGCGCUUUGAAGAAGGACGUUAAGAAAUUCGAAGCAGCUCUUUUCGUUCUCCGGAAGCGCGCCGCCAACCUGGCUGCUCAACAGCCUGGCCUUCCCUUCUACGUCUGCUCGCUGUCUCCGAGAAUCAUCAACUACAAGGGCAUGCUCACAUGUCCAGGUCUCGUCAGAUAUUUCCUUGACCUGCAAGAGGAUGACUUCGAGUCUCACGUCGCGCUGGUUCAUAGCCGCUUCUCCACCAACACUUUUCCUGCGUGGAGACGCGCGCAUCCAUUCCGCCACAUUUGCCACAAUGGUGAAAUCAACACGCUCAAAGGAAAUGUGAACUUUGCUCGAGCACGUGAAGGAUUGAUGAAAUCCGAGCUUCUGGGGCCUCAGCUGGAACAAUGCUUUCCUUUGAUGGAGCUGGAUCAGACGGACAGUGGAAUUUUCGACAACUUCUUGGAAGUGCUGACAAUUUCAGGACGAACACUGCCAGAGGCUGUGGCUAUGAUGAUGCCACCUGCGUGGGAAAAUUUGGACUCCAUGGACUCGAAGCUUCGAGAUUACUAUAAGUACCAAGCAGCUCUAUUGGAACCCUGGGAUGGGCCAGCACUCGUCUGCUUCACGGAUGGUGAUGGUGUCGGAGCCUCGCUAGACAGAAAUGGUCUGCGGCCGUGCCGCUACUACGUGACAAAAGACAACAAGCUGAUUGUCUCUUCCGAGUGUGGUGUGCUGAAACAGCCUGCGGACAGCAUCGUCGCAAAGGGGCGCUUGUCACCAGGCAAGAUGCUCUGGGCAGACUUCAGCAAGCAUACCUUGACUCAGGACGGUGAGCUGAAGGCCCAAUUUGCUUCUGUCUUGCCAUGGGGGGACUGGUUGAAGACCGAAGCAAUGACCAUGGAGACCUUGCUGAAUGCAGGCUCUUCGACGGUUCCAUCAGUUCCUCAAGAUCUGCGCGCGCCACUUCUCCGUGCUUUCGGCUACACGCAGGAGUCCUUGGAGUUGCUGCUUCUUCCCAUGGGAAAGGAUGGUGAAGAAGCCCUGGGGAGUAUGGGCAAUGACACGCCAUUGGCCUGCCUAUCUGAGCAGAAUCGUCCAGUCUUCGACUUCUUCUACCAGCUUUUCGCGCAGGUGACCAACCCGCCUAUCGAUCCCAUUCGCGAGUCAGUCGUGAUGUCGCUAGGAUGCUGGGUCGGUCCCGAGACCAAUGUGCUGGGCUCACCCAGCCCUCAGCACUGCCAGCGGUUGUGGUUGGACAAGCCAUGCUUGCUUCCGGCUGAAAUGGCUGCCUUGUCCCGCACGACCGACCUCAAGGGUUGGAAGAUCAAGUCCUGCGACACCACCUUCCCUGUCACCGAAGGUGCAACUGGCAUGGAGCACCACCUGGCAAGGGUGUGCAAGGAAGCGACAGCAGCUGCCAAGAAUGGAUUUCAAAUCAUCGUCCUCUCGGACAGGUCUGCAUCUGAAAAGCAUGCCCCAAUGCCGUCGCUCCUGGUUAGCGGUGCGGUGCAUCAAGCACUUGUGUCCGAGAAGCUCCGCACCAAGGUCGCUCUGGUGCUUGAGAGUGGAGAGCCGUUCGAAGUGGCACAUCAUGCACUAUUGCUGACCUUUGGCUGUGACGCUAUCUUCCCUUACAUGGCCUACGAAGCCUUGCAGCUUCUGGGAGACGAGGGCAAGUUCGGAGACAGCUGGUCAAAAGAAGAGAAGUUCGCGAAAUAUCAGAAAGCUGUUGGAAAGGGCCUUCUGAAAAUCAUGGCCAAGAUGGGCAUCUCCACACUGCGCAGCUACAAGGGCGCUCAGAUCGCCGAUGCCAUCGGUCUGAGCAAGGAAGUGGCCGAAAUGUGCUUCACUGGCAUUGCAAGUCAGCUGGGCGGCCUGGGCUUCGAGCAGAUUGCUCUGCGAACACUUUCUGUUCAUGAUCGUGGCUUCUCACCGGACGGCGGCUACACUGUGAAGAGCUUGUUCUCGAGCUUGCCGAAUGAAGGCAAGUACCACUACCGACAAGGAGCGGAUGCAGAGAAGCAUCUGAACGAUCCCAUGGUGAUCGCCAAGCUUCAGGAGGCUGCCAGAACGAAUUCUCGUGCGGCUUACGCAUCCUUCGCGACUCUUCACAACAAUCUGGUCAAGGCUUCGUCGAUUCGCGGGCAGUUGGAUUUCAAGCCACCCAGGCAGUACGGCCGAGCACCGCUUCCUUUGGAGGCAGUGGAGCCAGCCAGCGAGAUCGUGAAGCGCUUCCGCACAGGUGCCAUGUCCUACGGAUCGAUUUCCAUGGAGGCCCACAGCACACUCGCGAUCGCCAUGAAUCGCCUUGGUGGAUUCUCAAACACCGGCGAGGGUGGUGAAGAUCCGGCUAGGUACGAGCCGCUGCCGAAUGGAGAUUCAUUGAAGUCUGCCAUCAAGCAGGUGGCAUCAGGCCGCUUCGGUGUCACAAUGGAGUACCUGGCCAACGCGCAGGAGCUACAAAUCAAAAUGGCGCAAGGUGCAAAACCAGGCGAAGGGGGAGAGCUGCCAGGAAAGAAAGUGCACGGAGGCAUCGCCAAGACACGAAACUCCACACCUGGUGUUGGCCUCAUCUCUCCCCCACCUCAUCACGACAUCUACUCGAUCGAAGAUCUUGCCCAGCUGAUCUUUGAUCUCAAGAACUCCAAUCCAGAUGCUGGUGUCAGCGUGAAGCUGGUCAGCGAGAUUGGAGUCGGUGUGGUGGCGACCGGCGUGGCAAAGUGCAAGGCCGACCAUAUCUUGAUCUCUGGUUGCGACGGUGGUACCGGGGCAUCGAAGUGGACCGGCAUUAAGCACGCUGGCGCUCCGUGGGAGAUUGGCUUAGCUGAGACUCACCAGACCUUGGUGCUGAAUGGUUUGCGCGGUCGCGUCACUCUGGAGACAGAUGGACAGCUCCGGACUGGCCGGGAUGUGGUCAUCGCUGCCCUCUUAGGAGCGGAGCGCUUCGGCUUUGCCACGGCACCCCUCAUUGCGAUGGGUUGCAUCAUGAUGCGAAAAUGCCAUCUCAACACUUGCCCAGUUGGUAUUGCAACGCAAGACCCUGUCUUGCGCAAGAAGUUCGAGGGACUGCCAGAGCACGUCGUGAACUACCUCAUGCUUGUGGCUGAGGAGGUGCGCGUGCUCAUGGCAAAGAUGGGUUUCAGAAACAUGGAUGAGCUCAUCGGUCAUGCCGAGGUCUUGCGGACCGACCCGGCUGUCCGCACCGGGCCACUCCUUUUGGAUCCGAUCUUGGCAGCGGCGCAUCAGCUCCCUGACGCGGGCAAAAUGGGCAACAUCGAGAAUCGCAAGCUCUAUGGGCAGGAGCACUUCAUGGUUCUGCAGCGGAUGAUUGACAGAACGUUGGUGGAGGACGGGACAUGGCGGAACAUCAACCUGCAACAGCCUGUCUUGAAUUUCUUUGAAGAUACCGGGUCACCACAUGCCACGAGCACAAAGGACUGCAAAAUGACUUUCCGCUACGGCGAGCGCUCCUACGUUCAGUACAAUCACUUGAACAAUGCGGAUCGCACUUGCGGGACCUUGUUGUCCCACGAGAUCUUCAAGCGGUGGGGCAGCAGCCUUCCUCCUGGAACGUGCCACAUGAAGCUGUUUGGCACGUCGGGCCAGUCAUUCGGCGCCUUUUCUGUCAAGGGUGUGCUGCUCGAGUUAGAGGGUGACUCGCAGGACUACUUCGGCAAGGGCUUGAGUGGAGGUGCUCUCGUCGUGUACCCACCAAAAAAGGCGGUAGAGCAAGGCUUCGAAGCCGCAAAGAACAUCAUCAUCGGCAACACAGCCCUGUAUGGAGCAACAUCGGGUGUGUGCUUCGUGAACGGCAUCGCAGCAGAGCGGUUUGCAGUGCGCAACUCCGGCGUUUGGGCUGUCGUGGAGGGUGCCGGUGACCACUGCUGCGAGUACAUGACAGGCGGACGCGUCCUUGUACUUGGACCUGUUGGGGACAACUUCGGAGCCGGCAUGAGCGGAGGGAUCACCUGGAUCUGGGACCCGUCCCAGACCUUCGAGAGCCGAUCCAUACCACAGGACCUGGAGAUCGGACGUCUCGCUGCGGACACCAACCCCGAGGCCUACCCACACGAAGAGAAGGACGCACUGCAGCAGAAUUUGUCCAGGGACUUGAAGGCGCUCUUGAACGCCCACAAGAGCUGGACCAACAGCAAACAAGCUGACGAAAUUCUAAAACGCUGGCCUGCAUGCAUGUCCGAGUUUGUGCGGGUCUUCCCCAAGGACUUCAAAGCCGCAGUCCAGGCAGCCAUUGAUCGGGGCGAGCACACGCCGAUAGGCUCGAUGCGCGAGUACCUCCCCUCGCAGGAGGCCCUCAAUGACCAUUCGAGCAAGCAGCGCAUUCGCAAGCAGCCAAAGGUCAGGCGAAGUUCCUUCGAGGAUGACUCGGUUCCCGUCAGCAUGGACAUUGAAGACGUGGCUCUAUUCCAGAAGACGACGAAGGGAAACCGUCCACAGAAGAUCGAGGAUGCCAAGCUGGUGGCAACUUCCAAUCGAGGCUUCCUGGAGGUGGAUCGUGGCGACCUUCCGAAGCGAGGAGUUGAGGAACGUGUUUCUGACUUCAAAGAAAUCCUGGCAAAGAAAGACGAGGUGGCCGUUCAGACCCAGGCUUCCCGCUGCAUGGACUGUGGCACGCCCUUCUGCCACCAGUCUGUAACGGACAAGUCCGGAUGCCCGCUGGGCAAUCUCAUCCCGGAAUGGAACGACCUGGUCCGAAAGGGUGCCUGGUUCGACGCCUUCAAGCGGCUGAUGGCCACCAACAACUUCCCGGAAUUCACCGGCCGGGUCUGCCCCGCACCUUGCGAAGGUGCCUGCACACUGGGUAUCAUUGAUGAUCCAGUGGCGAUCAAAUCCGUGGAGCUGUCCAUCAUUGACAAGGCUUACGAGAUGGGCUGGAUGGUGCCGAGCCCGCCCAAGAUGCGAACAGACAAAAGGAUUGUCAUCGUGGGCUCUGGGCCUUGUGGCCUGGCUGCAGCUGAUCAGCUCAACAAGAUGGGGCAUCGGGUCACCGUCCUGGAGCGAGCAGAUCGCAUUGGAGGACUCAUGAUGUAUGGCGUGCCCAACAUGAAGACUGACAAGAUGGACGUAGUCCAGCGAAGAGUGGAUAUUAUGAAGCGAGAGGGAAUAACUUUCGUGACUGGUCCUGCUGGGCGUGUCGCAGAGAGCAUGGAGGCGCACAUCGAGGGUACAAACAUGGGGCCAAGAGCCUCGCAGCUGAUGGAGGAGUAUGAUGCCGUAUUGCUGGCUGUCGGUGCCACUGUCGCCCGAGACAUGCAAUCAGUGCCCGGACGUGACCUCAGCGGCAUUCAUUUGGCAAUGGACUACCUGACCCACAACACCAAGGCCUUGUUGGAUGGCGGUGAUGUCAGCAACAAGUGGCGACGGUGGUGGGGAGCAAAGAAGAACGGCAUGGAUCCGAAGACAUUGGAUGCCAAGGACAAGAAAGUGAUUGUCAUCGGAGGUGGUGAUACGGGCAAUGAUUGUAUCGGCACAGCCGUGCGCCAGGGUGCCAAGGCAGUCGUGAACCUGGAACUGAUGGGGAGGCCACCCAAGCAGCGUGCUCCGCACAAUCCCUGGCCACAUUGGCCGAUGGUGUUCAAGGUGGACUACGGUCACGAGGAGGCUGCGAAUCAGUUGAACAAAGACCAGGAUAUCCGACAUUAUGGCGCUCUGACGAAGGAGUUCCUAGACGAUGGUCAGGGUAAUGUGAAGGGCAUCAAAAUGGUAAACGUUCGAUGGGAGAAAAUCGACGGCCAGAUGCGGAUGAUGGAGCAACCCGGGUCUGAGAAGAUCAUCGAAGCAGAUUUGAUUCUCCUCGCGCUGGGCUUCCUAGGGCCCGAGAAUCCCUUAGCUGCUGCCUUUGGCGUUGACAUGGAUGAGCGUGGCAACUACAAGGCCCUGUAUCAGAAGAGCGAAGGCGACUUCCAGACAUCAAAUCCGAAAGUCUUCGCAGCAGGCGAUUGCCGACGUGGGCAAUCCCUGGUGGUCUGGGCGAUCAAGGAAGGACGGGAUGCUGCUACCGCCGUCAACAGCUAUCUUACAAACGAGUAUCCAGCGUGA